AUGGAGGGCGUGGAGGAUGUUCAGGUUGUCAUUCCCGACUUGGAGGAAGAUGACGGACCGUUUCAGGGUCUUGACAUCCCACUAUCGCAUGGGUUUCACAGCCCUAGCGGCUCACAGGCUGAGCCUGCAUGGCCAGGGUCCUCAGACGAACCACUACUACUGGGACCUGCGUCUGGAGCAGGAGGCGCUCCUGCCACGGCACCUUCCAAAUCGCGCGCUGGUCGUUUGCGCCACUUUCGGUCAGGCUCACUCUCCACAGAUGAAGUAGCCUCCAUCUCGACCAAGAGCUCGUUUAGGUUUGGCUCGUCACUGACGAAUGCAUUCUCGGGCAUUGACUACUUUCAAACGCCGAAUCGUAACAGUGACCGCUCUGAUGGUCUGCACAACUUUUCGUUCCCUGUAAAGAAAUCGUCGUUUGCGAGUCUGCGUGCAGCUAUCAAGGGACAGUCAUCAGCACCCUCUACGAAGGAUUCCAGCGAUUUGAUUUCGUCACCAAAUGGACCGCUGCUCGAUGCAGAUGCACAGUCGCUGGGGUCGAAGCGUAUGGGUCGUUCGUUCCCUCUAGCGAGCGACAUAUCUGCUGUUUCCUCAGGUCUUGCGAAUGUUACGGGCAUGCAGCGGCCAUCGCGAUGGCAUUUCAAGUCGAACAGCCAAGCGUCAACAUCGCAGGAUAGCGGCAGUAUACCUAUGUCUCACAGUCCGAGUCGUGUAAUGCGUGCAAAACACGCUCAUUGUGGUUCACAGCUCUCGGAGAACUCCGUUGAUGGCGUGCUUGCUUCGCCGUCAGAAGGCAGCGUCGUCGCUACUGGCAACGAUGGUCUUUCGUCGCCUGUGGGGCUCGGUCCCAUGGAUGAUGUAGAUCCACUCAGCAGGCUCUCCCCCAUCUGCGACAUCCCUCCCACUGUAUCGCCGGUGGCAUUUGCGAUGCGUCAGAUCCUGCACCGGUUUCAGGCGCUUGCCGAUGAUGCGUUGCAUUUGGUUCUGACGACGCCUCUUGACUGUGAUGCGCUUUUGAUCAUGUUCCCUUCUGCUGCCCACCAUGCAGCUUGGGAUGAUGUGUGGAACUCACUCGCGUCCAUGGCCCAGCAUGACCGGCAGUUGACGACAAACUCACUUCUCGCUUGGCGUUUAGAUGCACUGGAUCAGCCGCUAAUGCUGCGUCCGGCGCGCCGUCGCCCAAGCGAUACACUCUCGGUGUCGUCGAGCUCCAGUAAUAGUCAUGCAGGUGACUUGCUUCGUCGGCGCCGUGCGUUAGCGGCGACCUAUUUGACAUGUCGCGCACUUCUUGGCACCAUACCGCCAGGGACAAACGACCGCAUGGGUGCUGACAUGGAUGAAGAUGAUCCGGCUAUGGACGAAUUCGUCACGACCGUGUUUCAAUUCCUGCAUCUAUGCUCGCUCGAUCGCGAGAGCGAGCGAGGCGCCCAGGUCAAGUUGCACGUGUCGCUGCAGCAGCAGUGCUUCGAUAUGGUCGCUCGUUUGAUCGGCGAGCUCUCCCGACAGUGUCUGCCUGCGCUUGGCGACCAGUUCGUGUCCAUCUUGCAUCAGUCCAGUGCCGUCGCCGUAUCGCGAGACAAUGAGCUACUGACCGAGGCCGCUGUGCUUGGGAUGCGGUACUUGCGCAUCACCAUAUACCCUAUGGACGUGUUUGAAGCUGGCGCCCAAUUCGUGGGCAUCCUAGCGCGCUUCUUUGCACAUUCGCACGGCUACCGAAUCAAACGCGCCUUUGCACGUGUCUUGCACACCAUCAUCGAGCCCGUUGCCCGGACCGCAUCGGCAGAGCUCCACCACCCCGCAUGGGUUCAAGCUAUGAGCACACUUAUGCCCAAGGCUCAGGCCAUGGCAUGCCGCUCGCGGUACUGCAGUGUUGCAUUCCCGCUUUGGACGGCAGCUUUGUGUGCGUCGCCCCCAGAUGUGCUUUUGGAGCGCUGGUAUGCGUGCAUCGAGGCUGGAUGGUCGCGACUAAAAGAGCGGCCGAAAGAUGCCGAGCUGCGCCUGAUCAUUUACACAUGUGCAUCGCAGCUGUUUUGGGCGUAUCUGUUUCGCUGCCAUGAGGGGACAAAUCCAACGCAUCGUCGUCUUGAUGCCUUCUUCCAUCUUUGCCUUCCCGCCGUACGCUCGUCCGUGUCGCCCCUGGAUGUCUGUAUGGAGCCAUGUGUCGACAUUCUCAGCGCUGCGCUUUUGCGCCAGUUCGAAUACACACACUCCAUCGUGUUGGACUUGCUCCGUCAUACGCAGCAGCUGGAUCGCAAGACAGGAUCCGCAACGGCGUUGGUCGUCGGGUCUUCUUCGUCGUCUACAUCCUCCUCCUCCGCCACUGCAGCAGCAGCGGCAGCCGCGAACAACUUCUUCCAGCCUGAUGUACUACAGCCGACGCGAAUGUGCAUGGCCAUUCGCGCUAUUGCUCUGUCCUUGCAUGUCUACGUGUCUGGCGAGGCGUCGGCGCUCCCCGGUGGGGAGCGGCCUUCCAUUGAAGACAUGGCAUCGGAGCCGUUGAAAACAAUUCCCUAUCCUAGUGCCGAUGUCGAGCGUGCAUAUACACAGUUUUUCUCGGUCUCUACGCAGAUUGCCCUGCACUGUGACUAUCUUGUCAAGGACUUGACGGUACUGGACGACCAAGUGCCUUUAGCCCGUGGUACCAAUGUGCCCAUACUGCAUGGCGAGCGAGCGCUUCAAGACGCCGAGAACUACGAAGUUCGAGCGCACGCAAAUGGCGCAUUCACCGUUGCCUAUGCUCGUGAGCACCAGCCACAUCUCGAGCUUUUGCGCACAUGUAUCGAGACGUGGCCUCGUUGCAUGUCCAGCACCGCCAGCAAGUCGACGUGCCAGGCGCUCUUGUUCCGUGGCCUUUUUAGCGUUGAGCCCAGCGUACAGCGAGCGAGUGCCGCGGCACUCAUGCGUUUUGCUAGGGGCCAAGAUGGGGCACAAGUCAUACUUCGUGCGUUCUUGCAGUGGUUCUUCCGCAAGGACGGCGUUGUAUGGGAGCUGCAGUCGCAUGCAGACGUUCUAGUAUCCCAAUUUGCUCAUGUGACAGACCUUGUUGCCGACUUGUUGGCUCUGUUCUUAUCCCAAAGUGAGGAUGCGCUGUCUCAUGAUACAUUCCGCGAGUUUACCGCUGGCGCUUUGCUUUUUCUGUGUCUUCCCAGCGCAGCACUUCGACGACAUGUGAUCGAGCUCCUGCUGCAGGCGAGUCUCUCGUCUGUAAGCACCGCUACGCCCGCAGCCGAAUCUCGUGCAACUGCGAAAUUCCCCGAUACCGCGCCACCGCCGGACGCAGCAGCUGUGCUCACAUGCGGUGAGCUCUUCGCGCGCCCUUGUACAUGUUUCCUGCACGAAGACCAUCCCGAGCUGUCGGCGUCGCAGCGAGCGCGGAUUGCGAAAUGGCGCAGCACGGGCGAUGCUUACCCGCUUAGCCGCCUGGCAAGCUCCGGUGAGCAUUGUUCGUUGUGGCGUAUGGCUUUGCCCAACGUGCUUCGAGAGAUUGUAAGCACGGCGCCUCGUUUGGCCAUGCAAUUGUAUCAUCUCUUACUUGGCGCUGUCCAGUGCCUCGAACCGAGUAUCGCGACGAUCGCACAUUUGCGCAAAAGCGCUGCGCGUGUCCCCCCGACGCUUACGUUUGUCCGCAGCACAUGGCGCAUGUACAUUCUUACGCUGUGUACAGUCGGCAUCCAAAGUACUAAGCAUGUGGCACUUCUUGUGCCGUACCUGGGGUGUGAGGAUGUCGACUUGCAAGAUGCCGCUGCCGAUGCACUGAGCCACGUGCACGAACAUGCAUACUCGAGUCUUGUAACAGCCCUAGCGCCGCUUUUCGACAAUCCAUUGUGGCCAGUGCGCCUCAGCAUUGGCCGCAUUCUCGCGAGUACAGCCUCUAUGCUCCCGUGCCCCUCCGUCGAGCCGAUUUUGCUGUCAUGGCUUCAUCAGACACUCCACGUGCUCCAAUUAGACUUGGCACCCGACGUUCAUGUGUAUCAGUUACGGCGCUUCUUUUGUGUACUCCUUGCCUCGUUCUACCAGUCUCUUGGGGUCGAGUCAUCGCAGCACGCAUUCCCCCUCGAGCUGCGCAUGCGCUUGCUCGUUGUCUUGCACGACUGGCACUCAUUGCAAGAUGCAUCACGACUCGCUGCGCAGCUAUCCGCGGCUGUCGAGCGGUCCGCGGCUGGGCCGAAAGAUAAGGUUAUCGUCUCGUUGCGCCACGAACUCCAUCUACUCGCGCGACACGCCGAGCUCGCGAUGGCCGCUUUGUGUGCUGGUCCCAUUGAUGACACACCUUCCAUGCACGGCCCUACUAUCCUGGGGUGGUUGUGUGACAUGCUAGCGGCCCCAUCCGCAUCGUCCCGCGAGACAGCUCAACGCGGGUUGCAUGCGCUCCUCGAGCAUAACCUGACGCAUGUCCCGCUGCUCCGCGCUCUAGUAACGCAAUGCUACCGGGACUUGGCGCACACACAAGCCUCACGCACAGUGUUUCUCGUGCUCGUUGAUGCAUGGUUGAAGCUUCAACCUCUCGAGUCCCAGACGCACCUCGCUGAAGCUCAGAUCAUGUGCGUCGCUCUGUGCAUGCUAGCCCAUCGAGAUGUGCAGAUCCGCGUUGGUGCACUGCGUAUUCUUGAGGCAUAUGCAGAGCGUCAGCACGUGUCUGUGUCGUUCGCAUCGAUGGCGCCACGUGUCCGCUCGUCGCAGGCAGCCUCAUACCUCGAGGCACAGCGCUGGAUUAGCUACCACCUCUCUUUGGGCCACGUCUCGUCAAGCACGAGCGCUUGCGUUCUUGCUGAGCUGACGCAGCACAUGGAACACAUUCCUCAGGCGUUUCAUCAGCAAGUUCUCUCGCUUCUUCCUGCUUGGCUAUCUGCGAUUCAAUUCGAGCCUGAAAGCAUCGAACAUGUGCAUCUCGUGUCGCUCACGCAUAUGUUUGGCGUGACGCAUCCUCUGGCCGUUCGCGCAUUGUGGCAAGCUGUGGAUAUUACACCCUCCGGCGCGCGAAUGCUUCUGCACUUUCUGCAGUCACGCGCUCUUUACUACCGCAGUGUCGAGUUCAUCGAGCUUGCUCGCAUGAUCAUAUCGAGUCUUGCUUCGUCGGCAGCGCAGAGCCUGCAAUAUGCGUUGUAUGAGACACUUAGUCCACAUGCCAUGAUCCCCUUUGUGCCUGAACCGGCUACUAUGCUGCCAUUCUCACUUGAUGCGUGGUUGCCACCACCUGGGACGGACCUCAUGCCCCUCCCGCGUGCGCUCACGACGCUCCUGUUUCUCAGUGAGUGUGUGUCCGCCACUUUGCUUCGUCGCGAGCAUUUGCCUGUCGUGCUUCAUGCGCUAUGCAUGUACACGGACGGAUUGCCACCUUCGCUGCAUACUAGCGUUGUGCGAGCGGCUGAGCAGAUCUUGUGUGUGCUCGCAACCCAAGGCCUCGACUCCGCCGCGCCGCCCCCCGCCUACCUUCGAGCUAUGCAUGCCGCCUUCUCGAUGAAGCGGGCGGACCACGUUGCAUUGGACGACAUGCAAGUGCCGAAAAAAAUGACGGCUCUCGUCGAUGCUCUGGCCAAGUUGGCCGCUCCGCAUGUGCCGGCGAUUCGCGAUCUCUGGAGCGAAGUAGCCUUGCAAUGGUCAACCAAUGCACCAAACAGGCGUAUGGCAUGUCGAUCUUUGCAGAUUAUGCGAGCCUUGCGCCCAACGUAUCCAGCGCUGACGGUACCAAAUCUUGUGGCACGUCUUGCUGACACUCUUGCGCUGUCGGACGCCAUACCAUACACGCUCGAGGUGCUUAACACGUUGGAAGCUCUGCUGGCAACAGCCACUGCGGACGUGCUCCCGCCCAUCUACUGGACAGUCGUCGCAUGUGCCGGGACAGCGUUGGAGCCGGUUUUUUCUGCGAGUCUGUCGCUCUUGCACACAUGGUUUGAUCAAGUCAACAUGGACGCCGAAACGUGCGAUGCACUUUGGACGUCGCGCCCCUCAUCCUGGGACUUGGACGCUCCCACUCUGCAGUGCAUGGUCGUGCGUGGUUUGCGGAUUGCACGCACUGACACCACUGUGCUGCAUCUGCUCGUUCGCCUUGCACACGUGCCGUGGUGCGAACUGAUCGAUUCGUCGCCUGAAGACCGUGUUCUUACCUUGCUCACGGCCGCGCUGCCAUGGUGCAUGCAGACGUGUGAUGCUGGAAAAAGCCCCGCACACGGCGCAGUUGUCACACAGCUGGCUGAUGCAUUGACACUCCUGGCAAACGAUGCUCAGCGAUCCGACAUAGCACGGAUCACAACGUCCAUCGCUCGAGCGCGCUUCCGCCGUGCUGACGAUCUUGUACGACAGGCGGCGACGUCACUUGCGCUUGGGUGCACGAAGCCACGUGCAGUGCACAUCGUCUCGAUGCUUAUUCUGACGCUAUACCAUGAAUCGGUAGAUGUAUGUCGUGCAACGCUGCUUGCUCUCGUGCCGUGUCUCCAAGCCUUGCACGCACAGGGAAGCAUUUCUACGUUGAUGCCUGACAUUCCGCUGGAGCCUCUCGUGCGCUUGUUGCGCACGCCGCUCGCUUCACUGGCUCUGGAGGUGCUUCAUUCUCCAUUGCUUGUUGAUGAAGCGCCGAGGUCUAUGCUCCAAGCAUGCGGCUGGGCUGGCCCCUUAGCAUCACUCGAUACCAAGUACGCAUGUACGAACAUACGGGCUGUGUCUCGUGCAUGGGAAGCACCAGAGACAGAACGCGGGCUUGCAUUUAUGCUGGACGAAGGAGACCUGCCAGAGACAGAGCUCGAUGCGCUUACAAGUCAGCUGGACGAUCUAGCCAGCUUUUUUGUACAGGAUAGCACGGAUAUUCCACCACCCGAUCCCCCGUCUCCGCAAUCCUUUCAAGUGGCGCAGAUCCUCUCUCGGUCCACUUACUCGCAACGCGACUCUUUCUCGCCUGUGCCGCCGGCAAACUUGACUACUCCUCCCGCUGCCGCGGCUUGGGACGACGCCUCAUGGGACAUGACUUCUAGACGUCGGAGUCUUGGCAGUGACACGUCGCGCGUAUUUACUCCGUCUACUUCAGCAACGUCCAGAGUGCCUUCACCCCCAUCCACUCCGCCUAUUGGCAUGGGCGUUGACUCUGUUCCUGACGCUGGAGAGCCAUUUUUUUCUUCUACGACAGACACCAUGUCAUCGGUACGAAUGCAGGAUCACAUCUACGAAUACGGGCACAAUUCGGAGGACGAACAAACACCUAGUUCAUAA